AGGCGGAGGCGGCCCUGGCACAGGCGGAGGCGGCGCUGAAGAGCUGCGGGGCUGAGAAGCCCCGGCAUGGAGGCGGCGGCAGCAGUGGCUCUGGCCCGGUGGCGGCGGCGCCGGAGGCGGCGGCAAAAAGCGGGAAGCCCAAGCAACAGAGGCUUAACAACUUAACAACUUUGACAGACUCAGUCCUUCAGCUGAACCGACAAGGUCAACCUAUUCCUGGAAGCUGUCUCCACCUGAUAAGAAGUGGCUACAGGGUGAAUAUGCUGGUUCCUCCUUCAUUCACAAAUUCUACAUCCAUGGAUACAGACUUUCCCAGUAAAGCUUCUUGUGACAGAAGAAUGUGCUUCUACUGGAUUACAUGCUCUACAUGCUAUAAAGUUAAUAUUGUGCCCGGUGACCCUUUUCAGGCUCACUAGCCAUGCCAGGCAUUGUGGUGUUCCGUCGUCGCUGGUCUGUGGGAAGUGAUGAUCUUGUUUUGCCUGCCAUUUUUCUCUUUCUGCUUCAUACAACUUGGUUCAUCAUCCUUUCUGUGGUGCUGUUUGGACUGGCAUACAAUCCCAAUGAGACCUGCUCUCUCAAUCUGGUGGACCAUGGCAGAGGUUAUCUGGGUAUUUUGCUCAGCUGUAUGAUCGCUGAAGUUGCAAUCAUUUGGCUCAGCAUGCGUGGCAGCAUCUUGUACACAGAACCCCGGGAUUCCAUGCAAUAUGUGCUAUACGUCAGACUGGCAAUCUUGGUGAUUGAAUUUGUCUACGCUAUUGUGGGCAUUGUUUGGUUAACCCAGUACUACAGUUCCUGCAAUGAUGUUACUGCCAAGAGUGUUACUUUGGGAAUGGUCGUUUGCAACUGGGUGGUCAUUUUGAGCGUCUGCAUCACUGUCCUCUGCGUCUUUGACCCAACAGGACGGACUUUUGUUAAAUUGCGAGCCACAAAGAGGAGACAGCGUAAUCUAAGAACAUAUAACCUGAGGCAUCGCUUGGAAGAAGGCCAGGCUAGCAGCUGGACCCGCCGUCUCAAAGUUUUCCUCUGCUGUACACGAACAAAAGAUUCACAAUCAGAUGCUUACUCUGAAAUUGCAUAUCUCUUUGCUGAAUUUUUCCGAGAUCUUGACAUAGUCCCAUCUGAUAUUAUAGCAGGCCUUGUUUUACUACGUCAACGACAAAGGGCAAAACGCAGUGCGGUAUUGGAUGAGGCAAACAAUGAUAUACUAGCUUUCUUGUCGGGAAUGCCAGUUACCAGGAACACAAAAUAUUUGGACCUGAAAAACUCACAAGAGAUGCUGCGAUAUAAAGAAGUAUGCUAUUAUAUGCUCUUUGCUUUGGCUGCUUAUGGCUGGCCCAUGUAUUUGAUGAGGAAGCCUACCUGUGGACUCUGUCGCUUGGCCAGAUCAUGCUCUUGCUGUUGCCUCUGCACUACUCGGCCCCGUUAUGCACCUGGUGUCACCAUUGAGGAAGAUAAUUGCUGUGGCUGCAAUGCUAUUGCCAUUCGACGCCAUUUCCUUGAUGAAAACAUGACUUCUGUGGACAUUGUGUACACUUCAUGUCAUGAUGCGGUUUAUGAAACCCCCUUCUACGUGGCUGUAGAUCACGAAAAGAAGAAAGUAGUCAUCAGUAUUCGAGGAACUUUAUCACCAAAGGAUGCUUUGACUGAUUUGACUGGAGAUGCUGAGCGCCUCCCUGUGGAGGGUCAUCACGGAACAUGGCUUGGACACAAGGGGAUGGUGCUAUCUGCUGAAUAUAUAAAAAAGAAACUGGAGCAGGAAAUGGUGUUGUCUCAGGCUUUUGGGCGUGAUUUAGGCAGAGGAACAAAACAUUAUGGCCUAAUUGUAGUCGGCCAUUCCUUAGGAGCAGGCACAGCAGCCAUUUUGUCCUUUCUACUACGUCCACAGUAUCCAACUCUAAAGUGCUUUGCUUAUUCUCCACCAGGUGGGCUUUUAAGCGAGGAUGCUAUGGAGUACUCCAAAGAAUUUGUGACGGCAGUUGUGCUAGGCAAAGACCUUGUUCCCAGGAUUGGCCUCUCACAAUUGGAAGGAUUUCGCCGGCAACUUCUUGAUGUUUUGCAGAGAAGUAAUAAACCAAAGUGGAGAAUCAUAGUUGGUGCAACCAAAUGCAUACCCAAGUCUGAGCUCCCUGAAGAGCCUGAAGGGAACUCAAUAGCCAGUAACCGCCUCUGGACUCAUCCUAGUGACUUAACUAUUGCCCUGUCAGCCAGCACACCUCUCUACCCACCUGGGCACAUCAUCCAUGUGGUUCAUAAUCAUCCUGUUGAACAGUGCUGCUGCUGUGAUCAGGAAGAACCUACCUACUUUGCCAUUUGGGGAGACAAUAAGGCAUUUAAUGAAGUGAUAAUUUCUCCAGCAAUGCUGCAUGAACAUCUGCCGUAUGUAGUAAUGGAGGGUCUUAACAAGGUCCUGGAAAAUUACAAUAAGGGCAAAACAGCUUUGCUUUCUGCAGCCAAAGUGAUGGUGAGUCCUACAGAAGUGGACCUCAAUCCGGAAUUAAUCUUCCUGAAUCAACCCCUGCCUAGUAGACCUUCUGUACAGAUUGGAAUUGGAGACAUAACAGUGGACAGAAGGAACAGCAGUACUAAGAGUAAGGCUCACUCUGAAAUCAGUUUGGAAGGGUUUUAUGAAACCAAGCUUCUGUCACCAGUGCAGAAGGAUCCUGUGGAGAUCCUGCUACUAGAUACCAAGGAACGCCUGUCUGUAGAACUUCAGGAUCGGCGUGCUCCUCUUGCUACAAUGGAGAGCCUAUCUGAUAAUGAAUCCAUCUAUAGCUUUGAUUCAAGGCGUUCCUCUGGUUUCCGUAGCAUCCGUGGCUCACCCAGUCUCCAUGCAGUCAUGGAAAAAGAUGAAACUCAUUGUUUUUAUAUUGAUCCAGCAAUUCCUGAAGAGAACCCCUCUCUUAGCUCACGGACAGAACUGCUUGCUGCUGACAGCCUCUCCAAACACUCCCAGGAGACUCAACCUCCUGAGGGCCUGCAGAACAGUGGAGAUACCACUCCUCAGCGGCGAUGCAGCGACGAAGGCGCUGGUAGUGAUACCGAUCAUAUUUCCUUUACUCCAGAAGAAUUGACUCUCCAAAAUGGGAGGCUAAGUGACGCCCCCAGCCCACAAGUGUUGGAGUUUGCGGAGUUUAUAGAUAGUCUCUUUAAUCUGGACAGCAAAAGCAGUUCCUUUCAGGACAUUUACUGCAUGAUGGUAUCGGACAGCACCAGUGAUUUUGCUGAGAUUCCCAAGUCAGUCAGUGACCAGGAGAUCUUGUUAAGAGCACAGUAUGAACCCAACUUAGUCCCAAAGCCCCCCAGGUUAUUUGCAGGCUCAACAGAUCCUUCCUCAGGCAUAUCUGUUUCCCCUUCUUUCCCUCUGAGUUCUUCUGGAGAGCUUAUGGACCUCACUCCUACAGGCAUGAGUAGCCAGGAAUGCCUCACCACUAACAAAAUCCGGACUUCCACUCCCACUGGAAAUAUGACCAGUCCUGCCAAACAAGAAGACCUUGUGAUCUCAGCCCUCUAAUAUAGGAGAGAAGGUGCAGAAUAUCUAAUCCUAUAAUAGUGAAUCUUGGGACAGCACUUGGAGGAGCUGGUCUCUUGGCAAGUGAGAAUGGGUGAAAAUGCAUGGGGAAGUAUAGUUUCCCUUCCUGGGUGCUACACUAAUGGCACUACAAAGGAUUUCAGCAUGAAAGAUGCCACAUCAUGGGUCAUCUUCUUUAGUUAGGGAGAAAAUCACUGCCUAAUGCAGCUUGCUGCUUUUCAGGGUCUCGUUCACUGAAGUUAGAUGAUUGGUUUCCCUACCUCAGCAUAUUUCUUUAACAAGAAGGCAGACUCAUUGCCUUUCCUGCUGAAAUUAUGAGCGUACUGUCCAUGGGCUAGAUGAUUAGAGUAACUGAGGUCUGAUAAUGCCCAAUUGUCAUGUCAAAAUCAAGGAAAUUGUGACAUUGGGCUUUAUUGCACUAGUGUGUCAUGUUUGAUCCAAGUACCUGUUUAUUGUUGUCAUCAUGAUUUUUUUUAUGACAUGCUCUCCUGUUUUAUAGCCAUUGACUGUGUUCCAGAGGAAUGCAGCCUCCCGCUCUAAACCCUAACUGGGUGCAGUGAGAAUUGGGAUGGGGCAACCUGUGCUCCUCCGAUUAACUCUGUGUUCAGUGAUAUCUGCUCUUCUUCUAAGAAGAAAGAAAAUACAUGUGCUGGAGAGUUGAAGGUCAUGUCCAACUUUCAUCACCCACUGGAGGGGUGAACAGUCUCUUGGGUCUCACAUGGUUGCACAGCUCCCCAAACCACUAUGAAAUAGAGACAAUCUUGCUCUCUAGUAUAAUUUUCAUCUUUAUUUGCAUGGAUUGAUUGGUCUAAACUAGCUUUUGUUCUUCAAGAAGCUUGCCUAUGCCCUGCAUUAUUCCCCAAGUCCUUGAGUAUGGAACUAUUUUGUUCCCAUUUAUAAUUGCAGUAUAAUAUUGUCUGUCUCUGAAUUCAGGAAAAAGAGGGACUUUUACUGCAUAUUGAAAUCUCAUAUAUGUUUACAGAUCUACUAAACAUUUGGGAGAUAAUCAGGAAAUGUCUACUUUUGUGGGAAAAAUGUGCUCUCUGCCCUCCCCAUUUCUCUAUUGACAUGGGGCCUAACUCAGCCAUGGAAAAAGUAAGAAGAAUUGCUAUUACUUAUCCUUACUAGAAAGUAAGUCUUACUAGAAAGUAAGACUGGAAUGUUGGCAUUAACCCUCUGUGUGUGCAUCCUAAUACCCAACUGAAUGUUAUGGGCUUAAGAAUAAUGAGGUAACUGCACAACAGCAGCUCCUGAAAUCGCAUCUCAACUAUUAAUCCUGCAGUUUGGUGCUCACAAUUAAGUUCAUGACAACAGGGUGACACUGUGUAAAAUUGCAGGGAUUUUCCAAUGGUGAAAUUGGGGAUGAAAUAGCAUUUAUGUAGAAGUUAAACAUACUUGAUCUACAUACAUACAACAAUCUUGUAUUGUACUAAAAUAUAACUGAAUAUGACAAUGCCACAGCAAAUUCUUACCUUCAGACUAGUUCAAUAUACUGUGUCUGGGUUCUACAAAGUAUACUAGACUCAUCUUACAGGUCAUGAAGUAUGUCCUUAGUAAAUCCCUUAAGUUUGCAGCUGUAAGCCUCCGAGUAGGCUGUUAAAAUAAAGUGGUUUUGAGGAAUUUUUUAAGCUCCCAUGAAUGAUUAGUAUGCUAUGUUAUGCUUAGAAGGUGUACAUUGUGAAGAAGAUUGAGAAGAAUUGUACACUUUGUGGUAACAGAUAAUGUAAUCCUGCAUAUCUACUUGUAAACAGUCUCAGUGGACUCAGUGAAACUUUUUUCACAGGUAAGUGUGCUUAGAAUUGCAGUCUUACUUCUAGGAGACUGUCUACAUUCAAGUUGUUGCCUUCUAUACUUUAACACUGCAUUUAUUUUAAAUAAGUGCAAUUUACUUGAAACAGGUCUGCAGUAGACUCACGUGACUUCCAUUUGAGAAAAUGCAUUGAAUUGGGCUGCAAAAUUUGGUUAUAAAAUAGUAUACUUACAUUGCAUUAAUGUAAUUGAUUUUACAUUAUGAAGGAUACUGUUGAAACUGGGGCUUUUGGGAUUUAUAUGCCCUUAAGUGAGACAGGUUAACCCUAUUUUAAAGUGAUUAUGCUUUGGAAUUAUAAAUUUUUACACUUAAAAUAAUGUUAAUUUAAUGAUUUAAGGUUAUUCCAGUUUUAUAGCUUUGUUUUCAAAUGUUUCUCUUUUUCCAAGAAUACUUGCAUCAGUCAAGAACGAUUCUGCCCAUCUUCAAAAAAAAACCUGUCUUUUGUACAUAAUACAACACAAUAGUUGUUGUUGUCAUUCAUUUAGAUUACCUUAAAUAUGUGCUACUUUAAUCCUGGGCUAACAAAAUGUUCUUCACUAAAGAAAUAAUAAUAAGUAGAACAAAUAAAUUAUAAAAUAAAAUAAAUAAUAAAUAAGUAGAAAUAAUAUCAAGCUAUUAAAGGUAAAUUCAUAUUUUCAAACAUUCAGGUAUUCUUUGUGAUGAAAGCACAUAACAAAGACUUCAGUGAAAUUUGGAAAAGAAGAGAUAUUGGUAAGUUUAAGGUGCAGGUCCUUAUAAUGAGUUAGACACUCUAGAUUGAGUGGCUUAAGGAUCUGAGAUAAACAGGCUAAAUUGGGUAGUUUAAGUCAGUUGAUCACAUAAAAGCAAUGUUUUGUAAAUUGAACUAUAUUCAGUUAUGUUAGGGCUAUGAUGUCUGGUUUGCAAAAUCCAGAGUUAAUGUUUCUGUUUUUACUAAUAUCCAUUGGUUAUCUAAUGAUAGUCCUAGUUAAUACUUAGCACCUAGAUAAUUCUUUAAACAUCAAAGCACUUUACAAAGUAAAUAAUCUUCCCAAGCUAGGUCAUGAGAACAUCAGAUGGGGAGAGGGGGUGAGGGUUUACGCUUGUAAUUGAAAGAAGCCUAUAUGAUGUAUUAAUGAGGUAAUGUCGUUAAAAAAUAUAUAUUGAGGUUACAUCAUAUAGGCUUCUUACUUAAAAGAAUUAUUUUAGAUUUAGAGAGUAGUGAAAACAAAUCAGGUAGCUGAUGCAGCUUUGCUUGAAGAAGAAUUUAAUUUGUUUUCCUGGUGGUAGAUCAAGCUAUUGCACUACAAUGUCAUUUCUGACCUGAAGGCGAUUUUAUUGUCAUUUCUUUGAGGUUGUUGUUAUUUUUAUUUUAAAGUUGUUGGAUAGUGUCCUUAAGAUUUUUCUUACUUACGUUCUUGCCUGGGGCGGGAAGAAUUUAUCUAACUGAGUCCCAGUUUAUCUGUACAAUUUGGGGAUUUUUCUUCAAAAAGGAAAACCACAUUGUGGUGACUCAUAUUCAUCAAUUAAUCUUGAGUGGCUAUAGUAAAAUGGGAAUUGACUGGGAACAUUUAGUUGUGUCAAUUUACAACAUUCCAUUUGCCUCUUAUAUUCUUAUUUAUCGUAUUCUUUUAGUGCUAGUUGAUUAUUUUAAUAUAAAUCUAAGUGGUAUAUAAACAGAUCCAGCAAUAUUAAUAUUCCUUUCAACUGGAAAUGAUCUACAACUGACAUAAAUUCAGUGGCCUGUUGAGUUUCAUGCCUAAAUGUGGUACUACCUCUUUCAUUCCUAGAAAAUGCUACUGUUUGCAUGUAUGCUCCCUCUACCUUGCUGAAUUGGUUUUCAUCAUUUUUUCCCUAGGUCUGAAAAGUGCCACUCUAUUUAGUUACAAUCUAUUAUUGUUCUACAUUAAUAGUUAAUAGAUCUUGAAUGGAAUUUAUACCACUUGGAUGAAUGUUUGAAGCAGAGUUGGCCAGCUGAUUUAAACUAGCAAGUUAGAUGUGUGCACUUUAACAAGUAUUAAAUGCAAAAGUUCCUUAAUUAUGCUGAUGCUGCUUUGCCAAAGAUGCCCUCACAAUCUUUCAGCUGACAUGUUAUAAAUUAGCACAGCUAGGCAAUCUGGAUCUUUUGCACAGCGGUGUGGAUUAGAAUUAUGCCUAAUGGACAGAGAUUUUUUUUUUAAAAAAAAGUAAGUUGGGAGGUCCAAACUGUCAGUCUCUGAAUGUGGCUAAAGAAUCUAUGUGACACAUUUUAUCAAUAGGUUUUUUAUUUUGUUUAAAUAUAAGUGUAUAACAAAAAAAAAUACAAUAAAAUUUCAGUGAUUGGGUAGCCAUCAUCAAAUAAAAUCUGAAAUAGGUACAUAAACUUGCAUUUUGUUUAAUUAAUUGCACAGCUUAAAAUAAUUUAUUGAUGUUCAGAUGAAUUAGUGGAAGGUUGUUUCCAUUAUAAAUAACUGAAAGGGGAUGUUCUUAAAAUUUACCCAGAUCAAUAGUGUUAAUGUUAGUUCUUCUGAACAUGUUUGUUCCAGACAUAAAUCCUAUUAUUGAAAGAUUUGUGCCAAAUGUGGAGAAUGGAAAUUUCAUCUUAUGAUAAUUCAUGUGUUUUCAAAUAUACAUUGAACUUUCCAUAAUUUUGUUCCUUUUCAAUUAUCUGCAGUUUUCCUUUCCUGUUCUAUAAUUUUUCAAACAUGUUGAUUAUAAUUAUAUUUUAUCAACUUUCCUCCUAUAUGCUUGAUGCUAAAUACUCAUUUUCUUUGCCAUCAUCUUAGUUAGCACUGGAGUCAUCUUAUUGUUUCAAAAAACCUGUUUUCUCAGUUAUCAAGCUUUCCCACAUUUUAAAAUUCAAAACUAUCAAUGGGAGUGCUACUGUUCCAAGCCUGUUUUCCAAGUAUUCAAAUUACCAUAUUAAAAUUACAAUUCUUCUUCCAAAUAGCACAUCUUUUGUUCUUCAGAUUGCCAUUGGAAAUACGAUUAUACAAGUGUUACUGAAUAAUGCCUUUGAUGAGCACAUAAUUUCUCCUUCAUGUAGUUUGAAAACCUCUGGAUCUUUUUUGUGCAAUUAAUUACCAUUUCUCUUACUAUGCAACUAAUUUUGAAGUAUCAAAGAUCAGCUUUAAAAAACAUACAUAUGAGGAAUGACUACAUAUUACAAUCUUCCUUUGCCCUACAGUUUCCAGAAACCUGAUAUAUUGUCUAUAGUUCAAAGCUAGCAUUCAAAAAGACUUUUCACUUAAGAGGAAGCUAUGGCAGCUAAAAAGUCCAUCGUUAGUAUUUGGGGGAUGGGGGUUAUUACUGUGUAAUGUGUACUGCUAAAGAUAAAAUCGUACAUAAGGAAUCCUAUGAAACAAUCUUACACUUCCAUAGUCUAUCCUGCCCAGGACUGGCUGUUCUGGCCAUGUUUUUCCAGUGUCUCAGUCAGGGGGUUUCGAACUUGUUAAAGAUUGAAUCAGGAAUUUUAUAGAGACAGAUUAUGUGUUCUACCAUUGAUUUAUGACUUAAACAAUAACAACACUAGCAAAAUAGUCCUUGAUUAAAGCUUGCUCUAGGAAGUUUUAAAUUUAAACUGAAAAAUAUCCAAAUGAUUUCACCAGAAAACAUCCACCUAAUGUUCCAUAAAUUUUAAUUUAUAAUAUUUAAUUAAAUCAUAUUUUAUAUUCAAACCUCAAACCUGGGGCUUAUUAAAACCUAGAAACUUGUGUAACAAAAAUAUGCAGGUUUUUUGCACAAUCUAUCUUGAUGUCCUUCAUUUCCGAAUUGUAAUUAUUUUUUUCUUUAGCACCUAGUAUUAAUGUUGGUAUAGUAAGUGACAUUGAGAUAUUGAAAUCUCUGCUAUGUGCUUGUUCUCUCAAAACGUACAAAUUAAUAUAUCUUAUUGAACAUAGUGUAUUCUGUUCUGAUAAAUGUUACCUUUAAACAUUAUUUGUAUACUCAGAUAAUUCAGAUUACAUGGUCCAGAAGUCACAUUGUUAUGAAACCAUCAGUCAGCUGGGAAGAUUUGCAGAUGUGCAUGCACCCCAUUAGAGACGUAGCCCCAAAUGUUUUCACACAAAAGUGGUUGCCAAACUUUAAGGAAUGGUAAGGCAGAGAUGGGAGAAAUUGGGGUAGGAUUUGUACAUAGUUUCAGAGAUUAGAAACUUCUAGAGAAAUGAAAAUAAAACACUUUAUUUAAUUUCCGCUCUAAUGGGGAAUAGACAAAAGGUCAUCAGCUCUGGAAUACAUUUUCCACCCAAGGCAAUAAUGGCAUUGAAUCACUGUAUCCAAAUCUGAACCCUAUUAUAAAAAUGUAGUAAUUGAAAACUGGAGGCCAACCUUGCUCACUGGGACACAACCAUACAAGGCACUUUUCUGUGUUAAUACCUUUAUCUAGCUUCCUCAAUUUAACAAUACUUUUAACCACGGGAUUUAAUUCCUGGGUAAGUUAGCACUUUUUAGAACAUAUUGUGUAGGAUAUUCAAGCACAUAGUAAGUAAUAAGUCCUCAGUUAUUAUCACAAGAUUUUUUUCAAAACUAAUAUUGAACAGUGAAUUGUAAAUAAAACAUGCAUGCUGCUAAAUUUAUCCCAGAUAUCCCUUAACUCAGCUAACAUUAAAAUAAUGUUUAGAUCUCUCAGUUCAGUUUUUCUGAUUUGCUUUGCUGUAGGCCAUCCUGGCAUCAGUAAUUUAAUUUUAUAUUUAUAGUAAUUUAUGGUAAUCCAAUUUUAUAUUUAAGACACACUUCCCCUUUUUAUUUUUUUAAACAAAUUUGUCAUUAUUCUGGAUAUUUUACACCAUAGACAACAAUUCUAUUAUUUCUCCUUUUUGAACUUUAUUUAUAUAAAAUUUCAUCUUCUUUCUCCCUUUCCUUCCUUCUCUCAGUUUUUUGGCCAAGUAGAAGCUAAAUGACGAGGUCUAGUUUGUUUUCUAUUUCUCACUGCUUAAAUUCUAAAAUUGGAUUGCUUACAUGACGCUAAGUUUGCUUCUUCCCUUAAAUGCUCAGCAUUAAAAUAAUAAAUGAUUUUAUCAAUGCAAGAAAACCACAAAAUUCUUUCUCAAUAAGUGCUUAUACUUCAGUGUGUUCAUUAUUUUUUCCCAUUCAUUGGCUAUGCAAACUUCUAUAUAUUUAUUUUAGAAUGUUGGUGUCUUAGUACUUAAUACAUACCGUAAUUGCUGUUCUGCUCUUUGUCUUUGAUCAUAUCCUUUUGCCUUUGGCCACGUAAGGAUAGGGAAUGUAUAUCUGUGAUAUAAAUCUCUUUUAAGAAAAAUAAGCAUAAAAUUUUAUAACUAAUGUAGUAAGAAUUAAGAAUGCUGAAGCCUUGCAUCUCACAUUUUCCUAUUUCAAGCCACUUAUUUCCUCAAUUCUAGAAAAUGCAUAAUUAGGGUUGUAGACUUUUUCACUGCUUUUGGUUAAUCCCUGCAGAGUUUUAUGUUAGUUUUAUUUAUUUAACUACAUUUGGAUUCUGCUGUGCUACUCCCAUUGCAAACUUUAAAUGAUAAAGCACAUAUCUGACAAGAAUAGUAGCAAUCAAACCCGUAGUAGUAAUAGUAGUAGUAGUAGUAGUAGUAGUAGUAGUAGUAGUAGUAGUAGUAGUAGUAGUAAAUAUAAAAUAAUCUUAUAUAAAUAGGUGUUAAAUGCCAAUCCCAUGCAACAGUCUUAUUCUUAAAAAAAAUCUGUUAUAGAGCCAGGUCUUGGCUGCUAGUGUAUUUAUAUCCUUUCUAUCCUCAACACUUCUAUCUUUCUGUUAAUGAUCCUCCAAAAUACAUUACAACUAAAAUUAUGCUGCCUCUAUUUGUCAGUCUUUAUUUAUAAUUUAUUGUUUUCCCCAUCUAUGAACUUCAGGCAAGUCUCUAAACAAGCCACCCGAUAGACCACCGCUUCACAGGCACAACGCAUCAUAAGUGACUAACUGAAAAUACAAUCACAGUGCCUAGAAAUAGGCUGUUUUUAACAGCAUUGGGUUUUGUGAAAUUAAUAUUGGUUGAAUUAGUUAACUGCACCUAAAUUUGAACUGCUUGAAAACAAGAUUACCACUAGAUGAGAACAAAGAUUUACCCAGUUUCUGUAUCUUUGCUGCUAUUUAAUGAUCAUUCAAAGUUUUGCAGUCCAUUCGACGUAAUUUGAACUUUGACUGAAAUAAAUUUUGUAGAAAAGUCAGAGAAGUACUAGCCUUUUUUGUAUCUCAGAUGGUCUAGUUGUUCAGCACCAUUAUAUACAAAUGAAAAUCUACUUAUUUUAAAAUCAGUAGUAUAUUGUUAUGGCCAUUAUAAACCUUAUUUCUUAUUGGUAAGUAAUUUAAAUUACUCUCCUAUUUAUUGUGGCUUACAUAUUGCGUUUUCUGUGAAAAUACCUUACUUUUGUAAAAUAACUUUUGAGGUUCCGCAAAGAACAUGGAUUAAUUGACUGUUUGGUUAAAACAGUUUCAUUGUUGUCUGAAAUUUAUUUCAUUAUGGGUAAACCCUAGCUGUUUAAAGAGGCACAUUGUAGCAAUAGUAGUGCAUGGUAAUAUGAUGCAUCAUAGAAACCAGAUUAUAGAGCUCUUUAACAUCAGAUAUAACAUGGAAAUAGGUAAUCUCCAUUUGUAUGAACGUGAUAAGCACUUCUGCUGUGACUUCCCAUUGAAGCUUCCAAUUCACAUGGAUAAGUUUAUAAAAACGUACGUAGUCUGAUGGUACAUUAUUGGAGAACUAUACAACUGGGUUUUGUAUCUGUAAUAACAGUACAGUUGGAAUAUUCUCUCAAAUUCAUUGCUGAACUGAAUGUAUAUUUUCUUCAUUCUUUGGUAACACCAUCUCCAUAGAAACAAAAUUUCUGUUGUGUAUACCUUUCAGGAAGAAAAAAAGACUGCCUUUCACCACCACUUUAAAAUUUGGGAUAUGCCUUUGUCACCUGAAAUCCUUUCCUUGUAAUCUUUCCUUGAUUUCAAAUGUAAUCUGCUAUUUAGUAAUACUGAACUCCAUAACAUGAACAUCCAGAUCUUAAAAGCUUUAGCAAUUCUGACAAAAUGAAUGAUAAUUCCCUUCACAUUAUAUCAAAGCUGUCCAUGGAGUAGCAUGGAGAUUUAGGUUGGACCAAAAAUAUAUCCUUCACCCUUUUGUAGCCAAGGCCCAGGAUGAAUUUCUGGCAUACUGGGUGAAACCUCUCAAGGUCAAGAAAGGGCUAUGCUAGAAACAUUUGGAGCUGCUCUGAGAUUAAGGCACUGACAGUUGACCUGAUUCACUUUUAUUAUUUGUAUGUGGUAUUUUUUAUCAAGCAUUAAGAAAUAUUCUAAUUUACAGAAAAGAUAGGCAGUAAUAUAUAAGGAACAGUAAUGUUUAAAAAUAAAAAAACCUAGCACAUGCAGUAGAUAAAAUAUUGGUGGUGAAGGUAUUUUUUACUUAAUAUAAACAUUUUGGAAAAUUAGGCAGACAAAAAUAUAGACAAUGCUGAAAAUAUGGCAAUGCAGAAGCUUAGGGACUAUUCCUAGAGCAUCACCUGCCUUGCUUUUUAAAAUGGGGCUACUCAGAUUUAAAUCUCUGAGGAAAUUUAAACUAUUUAGGAUUUAAGAUUAUGAAAUUGAUUGGGAGCCAAAGUAUUACACAAUACGAUCAUGGCCAACUCACAGGUUAAUCUGACACUGGCCUCUUUCUAUUUUCUUCAAAUGUUGCUCAAAUAUUCAUAUAUCUUAGGAAAGACUUCUAUGGCAAGCCUCUGAAGUUGUUCAUGAAGAAUUAUAACAAGAAUGGGCAAGAAAUAAGCUAGAAUAUAAAGAAUAAAUUAGAAUAUAAAUAGACAUAAAAUUACUUUCUUGGAUCCUAGUGUCCUACUUGAUGGCAAUUUCUUCUUUAACUCUUGCCAGGUGUCAUUUCUGAUAUAUUUUGUUCUUACAUGUAUUUCCUUGUACAAGGAAGCAACCCAGGGAGUAUGUUACAAUAAUAGCUGUGUAAUUUCAUUGGGAUGGGGGAGGAAGCAUUGAGUUUCAUGGGUAUAAGCAGGACAAUCUUAGGUUAAAUCCAGCUAUCAUUGAGGAAAUUGCUAUCUUGUUUAUAUGUUAUUUUCUCUUAUUUUCCCCCCCUUGGUCUAUACUAUUUUUACGUGCCUUGGAUUGCUGAUUUGAGAUACUAAAACAUGUCUUAAGUGGUUUUGAUUAGCUUAUCUCUGUAUACUGUCACAUUGUUUUUCUUCUUAUUUUCAGGAGAGUUGCUUUUGCAGACAUCUUCAUCCUUCAUGCCACUAUACUUGGUUAAAUACUCAGUAUCUUCUCCUUUCUCAGGUUUCUUCAUCAGAAGCAGGUUUAGCCAAUAUCUAGGAUAUACAACAUAAGGGUCAAUUUUUGUGUUGAACUUGUUGGCCCUUUUGAUUAUGAGGCAUACCUGAAAACAUGUAGAAAUUAAUGUGAGCCCACUUCAUCAGUUCCAAAUUCUAUUCUAACUGAUUAAAAGUUUUUAUGAAAAGAGUUCAUUCAUGUAAAACUUCAUUUGACUUCACUCAUGUAAAAGUGGCAUCUGGCUUGAUAUUCCUUUUCAAAAUCAACUCUGCAUUCUAAAUUCUUAAGCUUUUCUUCUUACUUGAUACCUGUGUGUUUCAAUUAUUUAUUAUGCAUAAGAAAAUUCUUAAGAUUUUAAAUUUCUUUGCUGCCAAAGACCUCAGUCCAUCUUCUAUGCCUAAAGAAAAUGUUGCUGAAUAGAUGCUAGCAGAAGUGAUUUUGGAAGAAAAAUAACAUGCAUACAACGAACCUCCUUAUUUAUUAGGAUUCAGGACUCAUUUAAUGUGAAUGGGAGGUUAAGGGAGGCCCAGAAGUUAAUGUUAAACUUGACUUCCUGCUAAAAAGAUUUCUGUUGGAGAGACAUGUCCCAGUCCCAAGUAUCAAACUAGCAUUCAGACUGUCUGAUUCAUGUGCAAACACAUUGUCUAUCAUAUGUUGUCCCACUCCAUGCCAUUCAAAUAUACAGUGCUAUCAUACAAAAGGUGGCAUUAAUACAAUUUUAUUAUUCAUAUCAAUAGAAAUGUUCAUUGGCAGGUAUCUGUUUCCAGACAGAUACUUUACCUGAGAUCGGUGCAAUAAUAUCCAAUAUUAAUUUUAAAGCUGUUUUAAUACUUGAUUUUCAACAAUCAUUUUAAAGUAAGUAGCUGAUAUCUCAAUUCUGUCAGCUUUCUUGAUAGAACUGUUCACCAUCAAUUACAUGCUGAUAAGCAGAUCUUUUCAUCUAUUUUUCCCCCAGUGCUGGGCAUGACAGGAGGAAAGGUGUUUUGCCAUCUUUCCAGUUAAUUUAAAUUUAUGGUGAUACAUUUGUAAUGCUAAUUGCCAGACAGCCUCCCAGAAACUGCUACAAGGGACAGAAACCCAGGUAGUGUUCUUUUUAUGACUGAAUAUGUUCAUUUCCUAUUGUGUGGGUGAAAGAAAUUCAUAUGGAAUCAGUGCUGUGGAAGACUGUUUUGAGUAUGGAAUUUUAGACUCUUGCUUGUACAAGGGGCAUUACCAAAUGUCUUGCUAUCCUGUAAAAUUUCUGUACAAAUAAUUACUUUUCUUGCCUUUCCUUCAAAAACAAUCAUACAAUUUUCUGUGUAUGGCAGCCCAGCUUGUACCCUUCAUUCAUUGAUCUUAUCUCCUGCUGGGGCAUGUUGGAGCUAGGCAUUUAUCAGUGGACUCCUGCUUCUUGAGCAUUUAAUCAGAUUAAUCUUCCUCUAAGGGGAGAAAAAUACCAAAUCUCAUCCAUGUCUUUGGUUCUAAGACCCUCCAGACCUCAGUCAUAGGUUCUAGUACUUCUUUGUAUGUAAUGACUGAAGAGGCAGCAAAACAUUCAUGUAUUGCUACCUUAGGAGGUCACUCAUUUACCUUUUCUAGGAAUGCUAUCUGUUGGAUUCCUGUUCUAAUUUGUCCCAGCAUGAAGGCUAUAGAGAAUUCUGAGCGCACUAUCUGUGCCAUUAUGUGACUUUUUUAGCCUAUGUAUGAAAAUAUAAACUAACAUUGCUGUAAAGAAAGAAAUUAUUAUAACAUAUUAUAUAAAUAUAUAUGUAUAUAACAAUUCUGUAUGUUGUAUAACUCCAUCUAUGAAAUUUUGGUUGAGGUACGGUUGAGAUAUACAGUGGUACCUUGGUACUCAUUGUUAAUUGGUUCUGGGAGGUGGGAUGAGCACCAAACAAUUUUAUUCGCAUAGGGAAUAAUAUAGUGAGUCACAAGGUAGCUGAUACAGACAAAUUCUAGCUUGUGCAUUGAAUACCAAACAAACGAUGAGUACUGGGACAAAGUGUUCACAUCAAAUUGCAUUGAGUGCCAAAUCUGACGAGUUUCAAAGCAGUUGAGUACCAAGGUACCACCUUGUUUAGGAUAAAGGGAUUGACCAGCAUUAUAUGCCCCAUGGAGUUAAAAAGAAGAAUGAUUGUGCCUAUGUACUAUACUUUUGUUAGAAUGAGAAUAAGAGGAUCUGCCUGUAGCAUAUCACACUAUUAGUUUGCCCACCAUUAUCUCUAACAUAAUACGUCUGUAUUAGGAAGAUAAUAAGACAUCCUAUUUCAUCAUCAUAAAGAUCCCCAAAAUAGAGCAAUUGUUGGAUCUUAAACAGCAAUACACUAAUGAAAAAAACAUGGGCUAAUUGUAUCAAAAAUUAUUAAGAAAAGCUCUGAUACAUUAGGGCAUGACACAGCUAGUCCAGUAUUCUAGCUAACAGGACUUCUACUUAUGCAAUGCAGAAACAAACAUCUUCCUCAUAAAUAUAAAGAUCCAUAUAAUCUUUAACAUUUUAGAUAUGUGUAAAUCAGUGCUGAAGCAACAUUUUUGAAAUUUUAUUUUCUGGCUUCCACCGGGUAUUUUAUUUAACCACUAAUGUUCCUAUAGAAGCCAUGAUACAAGACAUUCUUGUUUGUUCUGCUUUCAUCGGGGGGGGGGGGGGAUCUAAAUGCAGAUGGUUGUGUUUGAGGUUUAUUGGAGCUAUUCCAAUGAGUGAAUAGGAAAAUAUUAUUUCCAGGUGGAGAAACAUACAAUCAUAAAAGCACUAGAAUUUUUUUUAAAAAAAGUCAUUGAGUGAUUAGGUUCUGUUUCAUGAUUGCUCAAAGCUUUACAGUUUUGCCACCCUAGUAAAUAUCUGUGUUCUGAUUAUCUAUCUGUGAUGCCUCAGAGUCAUUGUGACGCCUGGCAAUUGUCUGGACAAGCCCCUGCAAUUCUGUUGGCAAGGUAUUUUGGAAGUAGUUUGCCCUUGCUUCCUUCCUAAGGCUGAGAGAAUGAGUGGUACAAGGUCCCCCAGCUAGCUUUCUGACUAAGACGGGACUAGAAUUCACUGCCUCACAGUUACCAAACUGGAUCUAUGUUCCUGACUAACUAUCUAAUACAUUGGUUUCAAUGAACAUGGGAGUAAAUGAAAUUGUUUUUGAUUAUUGAUACAAAUGAAAAAUAUGUAAGAAUUGGGAGGAUUACAAUCAAACUAAGCAGUAGAUAAUGAUAAGUCAAAAAUUAAAUCAAUAUAACUUUUAGAAGAACAGGGAGGCUGUAAAAGUGAAUAUUAUGGGUUGAAAUGGGCCACACUUUUGAAAAAUGGUUCAUAAGGAGGAAAUUUAAAAAACUGUUUUAGAAAUCAGAAUAGAAAGAUGUAUCAGAACUCCUACCAAAAAAAAAUCUGUAAAUCUAAUUGAGAAGCCAUUUAUUUGUUCACAAAUUUACAUUUGAUUUAUUUAACUGAUUUACAUUAUCUAUGCCACCACUUUCAGUUAAUUACCUCAUGGCACUUUAUAACUCAGAAUACUAUCAACAGGAACAAAGGAAUAACCUUGGAAUAGAGUAAUAUCUGCCUAUUACUACAUAAACUGCAUCUUAUAUGAGCCAGACAAAACGUCUGUCCCAUCAUCCAUAUUCUUACUUGGCUGACACCAGAUAUACUUCAUGUCAUUUUGCUGGACAGACAUGGAAGACAGUCUCACUUCCCAAAAGUUAUUACCUCAGCUAAAGGAAGCUUUCUUGUGAGAUUGCAUUUUCCAGCCAGGUGCCAUGAGAUUUGACUUUACCACCCAGAAUACCUAGCUGGCAUCACCACGGGUAAAAUGGAGCUUAUGGGAGAGCAUCAAUCUGUGAAGGGCUGAUACAAAAUUAAGCAAUACAGUUACCUAACCUCCCAUCUGGUUUGUAUUAACAAAAGUGACCUAUUCACAUUGGAGAGAGAAUGCAAAAAAUGUGAGGAACAGCAAGUGGAAUAAACAAAUAAGGAUGACAGUGUAUCCUGUCUGAGUGGUCAUGUUAUUUGUUCUGGUAAGUAUCUUUUGCAACCACAGAAAUACCAAGAAGAGGCUUGUAAAGAGUUAUAUUCAUCUUGAAAAUGUUCCUAACAUUUCUAAUCUUGUUCUUUUCCAAAUGCAUUGAAAGUAGCAUACAUGAUUAAGUAAAAGGACGUUAAAAUUAUAAGGUAUUAGUUUAAUCCAGAAUGCGUAAUAAAUAGCCAAUGGUCAUCAUCAGCAGAGAAAAGAAGCCUCAUGAAUACAUAAACACACUUGAGAAGAAGCCAGUGGUUUUUGCCGCUAUUAUAGAAAUGCUAGGAUAAAGUACAGAAUAUUGACAGCUAUUGACGUAUUAAACAGAUAAUAAGAUUACAUUUUAAUAAACCAACAAAUAAUGCUACCUUGAAGAAUGUCAUUCUACUGUUGCACGUUAAAAUGGAACUUCACAAUUAUUAUUAUGAAUCCUAUUUUACAACUUCAGUAAGGAAGAAUGGAGGCUGGAAGAUAGUAAGGAUGGAUUCAGUGAGUGUGGCCUGGUAGGAAUCUGAGUCAUAAUAUAGCUGUCUGCUUUGUUUUACUAGAAUUGUGUAGAGGGUUUCAUAAAACGGAAAGUAAUCAGCUCUGCAUAGUUUCAUAUAAUUAUUUCCCUUUAAGUUUAUAUAUUAUUAUGCCAAGUAUCCUUACUUCUUGUUCUCUAGCCAUUACUAGCUCCAUGUGCAGUUAUUUUCAUAGAAUUGACCAGUGUAUUACUCUUUAUUUUCAAUAUACACUUGCAUGGCUCCAAGAAUCAUAUUGUCAUUUAUUCUGUUGGCACUAAAGCAGAUAUGCAAGCUAAACAGCAUGACUACAGUACUUUUCAACCCAUUGUAUUGAUUGGUGAAGUUAUUCACAAACAUCAAUCUUUCAAAAAUUUGUAAAAAAAAAGCAUUUUCUUGAGCUAUAAAAAUAUGAUAGAUCACGCUAUCUUAUAGUGAAAAUAGAAAGAGUGGUAUAUGGGCAGCAAGAAAGAAUGAAAAGAAAGAAAAAGAAAGAAAGGGAAAAAAAUUAAGAGAGAAAGAAGGAGUCAUAUCUAUGGAUGACUUGAAGUAAAAAAAAAUUAUUCCCAGAUCUAAUGGUUGUAGCUGCAAAACAAAAACCUGGCUUCAUGAGUUUUACUUACUGUUCUUACGAUCAUAAGAUUGGUAUAGGUUUAGCUUAAGUUGUGUGAAUUUACAUCUAGUAUUUUAUAAAGUUCUUGGCAUGGUGAUAUGUAAUCCCAGGCAAUUGUGAAUCUUUCAGCAAAAUACCCAUUUAGUAUAUCCUGAGUUCCGAUAAAAUAUUAAGCAUGUCUCCCAAAAUGGUUAGCUACAAUUUGAAGUUUGUAGUGUGUAAACCUAAAAUUCAGUGGAACUGACUAUCUUGACAUACAACUGAAAUUUUCUAAAUGUAUGCAUCAAUGAGUAAAACAGGGCAAAUGAAACUCAAAAAGGUAGCCAUGCCUAUAGUUUCUUGGUAAUGGAAAAAGUAAAAUCACUGUAUGCAAACUGUAAGCUUAUGAGCCUCAGAUGUUAAGCUCCCCUUGUAGUCUGCAAUAAUAACCAUUAACUACUGAAGUUAGUAAACAACUAAAGAUGAUUCAGACUACUGUUUCAAAGGCAACUGGGUACCCCCCUAUUCAUGGAUUUCCUCAAAAGCAAACUCUUGUGCCUAUCCCCGUGUUACAACAGACUAAGAUAUUUUCUAAUGCAAUUUAAUGGGUGAGUUCACACAUGCUAUGAAGUACAUUCAACUACAUACUGGGUUCUUGUUAUAAACCAAGUCGUCAUCAGAAAAAGAAACAAAAAACCCAACCUUAAAAUUAAUCAAACUUAAGUUGUGUGAUCCCAGUCAAAGGAUCAGUUCUCCAGUUUAAUAUUUGAAGCUAAAUUUAGCAACAGUUUACAAGACAUCAGUCCUUCUAAGAAACUUUAGGGGAGACUGAAGUGUUCUGGCUGGUUAUGGGAUAUUCCCAUAACAUACGGAAACAUCAGUGAAAAGGCAAGAUGCAUGUUUAAUAAUUUUAUUUAUUUAUUUGUCACAACAAUAUAUAUAGGCAUCACACAAAAAGAUUACACAGUAUAUAAACAUAUAUAUGAGGAAAUAUAAGGAAGUAUAAGCAUAUAUAUAUGUAAGAAGAAAAAGAAAAACAAUAGGACAGGAACGGUAGGCACAUUUGUGCUCUUAUGCACGCCCCUUAUGGUCCUCUUAGGAAUGGGGUGAGGUCAAUAGAAAGUUUUUGGUUAAAGCUUUUGGGAUUAUGGGAAGAGACCACAGAGUCAGGUAAUGUGUUCCAAGCACUGAUGAUUCUGUUACAGAAGUCAUAUUUUCUGCAUAUUUUCUAGAUUAAAGCGUUUAACAUUAAGUUUAAAUCUAUUGGUUGCUCUUGUAUUAUUGCAAUUAAAGCUGAAGUAGUCUUUAACAGGAAGGACAUUACAAUAGAUGAUUCUAUGAGUUAAACUUAGGUCUUGUCGAAGGCGACGGAGUUCUAAGUUUUCUAAGCCUAGGAUUUCAAGUCUGGUGGGAUAAGGUAUUUUGUUGUUUUCAGAGGAGUGGAGAACUCUUUUUGUAAAAUAUUUCUGGACACGUUCAAUUGUAUUGAUUUCAGAAAUGUGGUAAUCAUUCUUAUUUUCAGUUAUUUAAGGGGACUAAAUGUGAAAUAGAUGUUGUAUAGAGGUAUGCCUCAUACCACAUAGAGUGCAUUCUCUUGCUGCUGCUUAGACCUCUCUUCUCCAGUGAAUCUUUCUUGUGUGAAACUACUGACUCUAAAACUGAAAUAUAUACAUAAACAUCUUUUCCCUUUGACACCAAAAUCUAAAUACAGCAUUUUUUAAAUUCUCAGAUACUUCCCAUUUUCUAUUUUCCAUUACUUUUUCUACCUUCCAUGCCACUCAGAAAUGGUGCAUUUUGUGAUUAAAUGCAUUCUUGGCAACACUACCAAAUAUGCAUUUUUAAUUUUUAUGUUAUUAAACAAAAAACUUAUAACAAAAAAUGGUGCAAAAAAUAUAGUUUCAAAUGCAUUUCUCAGAAUUAUCCAAACAAUAAUAAACAGACACACACACAGUUAUUUUUAAAAUAAUUUUAUCCAUAAGAUAUAAGAAAAUUGGGAAAUGCAAACAAAAAGGAAAAGCUAUAAAAGAAUGAUUUCUAAUGAAAUCUAAUCAUCAAAUCCCAACUUUAAAGUUUCUUUCGGAUUCAAGCAAAAAAUCCAAACUUUCAAAAUCGUAACAAACUUAGACAAAAAUUUUUUCUCAAAUAAUUCAUUUUCUUCAACUUAAUUAAUUUCAGCAUCCAUUCUUCCAUUAUAAGUAUUUGUGAGUCUUUCUAUUUAUUGUGCAUAAAGAAGCUUCACUGUUAAUUGUCAUAAAUAAAGACAAAUUCAAUGUUUUUCCUUAAUUUAUUUGUCCAUCAAACCUAAAAGAAAAGCAUUUGGCUUCAAUUGUACAUUCAAUUUGAGAUUUCUAUGAAUUAAAAUACAUACAUGACUCCAAUAUUUCUUAGCUUUCUUACACAUCCACUAAAGAUGAUAAAAAGUACUUUCAGACUGCUU